AUGGGCUUAUCGCUAUCUCAGGAUGGGUUGUCAUGUGAAAGUCGUGUACCAAAGGCGUGGUAUGGCUCAAGGUGCAUGGGAGGCGUUCACUCAAAAGGUAAAUAUUAUUAUGAAGCUAAGAUAACGCGUGACGGCUUAUGUCGAAUCGGCUGGUCAACAUUGAAGGCGACUUUGGACUUAGCGCCGUCAGACCUUAUAGAGUGGCGCGGCCUAGAGACAGAGAGCGACAACAAUGACAAGGCAGCGGCACCGGUGUGCAUCGUCCUUGAACCGACUAAGGAACUGAUAGAACAAACCCACGAAAAUCUCGUUAAGUUCUCCAAGAACGUCAGCGAUCCGAAGAUACGUUUUGGUUUUGGUGGUACCGGUAAAAAGAGCACAAAGCGAAAGUUUGAGGACUAUGGCGAAUCAUUCACAACUGGUGAUGUUAUGGGAUGUUUCCUGGAUAUCGAUAAUGGGAGGAUGUGGUGGUCGAAGAAUGGCAAGGAGUUCGAAGUUGCUUUUCGAUUGGAUACAAAGUUCACCAGUCCGCAAUGUGCACUGCAUCCAGCAGUUCUGGUCCAAAACUCAUCACUCGAGCUAAACUUCGGUGCGACCCCGUUUGCUCAUCCGCCGAGAGAGGGUAUCAUCGCCGUAUGUGAAGCGCCGUCAGACCUUAUAGAGUGGCGCGGCCUAGAGACAGAGAGCGACAACAAUGACAAGGCAGCGGCACCGGUGUGCAUCGUCCUUGAACCGACUAAGGAACUGAUAGAACAAACCCACGAAAAUCUCGUUAAGUUCUCCAAGAACGUCAGCGAUCCGAAGAUACGAUGUAUCUCAUUAGCUGCUGGUGCCAGCAUGGGACAGUUGCUCAGCGAACUCGACAGAGGUGUUGAUAUUGUAACGGGAGGUGUUGGACGUGUGUUAGACAUGAUAGAAACCCAUAAAUUGUCUGCGAAUGGGCUAAAUUUCAUUGUUAUUGACGAAGCGGAUCAAAUUCUCUCGUCAUUCAAACCGCAACUGGAAAGACUUCUGUCGCGAGUUCCGACGGUUGCGUCCAACGGAAUGCGCCUGCAAGAUAAGUACAUGAAUUUCCCCCAGUGGAUCGACCUGAAAGGUAUGGAUAGCGUGGCGGAGACGGUCCACCAUGUGGUAUGUAUGGUAGACGCUGUCGCAGAUAAACAGUGGAUUCGACAUAUGCAUAGUUCGAAUCAUCUGAAGGAUGAUUUGGUUCAUGAACGUGAUAACAUUCGUCUGAAUACCACCGAUAAGAACACCAUAUCACUGGGAACGAAAGUUCUCAAGGGAACGUAUGUAUUG